AUGGCCUUCCGUAAAGGAGGUAAUAAAAGCGAGGAUGGAGUAGCAAUAUCUAAAAAGCCAACACCACGCCCAAGCGAUGUGCCUGUUCAACCACAACCAACUAUUCCUAGUAAGCGACGCUCUAUAUCAACCGAAAGGCCAGCUUCUUGCAGCACCAAAUCGGAUCAUCCAAGCGCCAAACGAAGCUCUUCAAAUAGUAGCUCUCGAGACAGCAGAUCUUCAAAGACAGUAUCCACAAGUAAAGCAAAGGACCACGAAAAAACCCUUGAAAAGUUGAAAUUUUACAUUUCCAAAUGCGGCGUCAGAAAGAAUUGGAAAUCCGAGCUAGAUGGACUGCCACCGCUAAAAUGCGUUGAAAAAUUGAAAGGCAUUUUGGCGGAUUUAGGGAUGACGGGAAGACCAUCUCUAGCGCAAUGUAAGGCAAUAAAAGAAAAACUGGAAUUACAAAGAGAACUCGACGACCUGAUUUCUUCUGAAACAGAAAGGCAGGACAAACCAUGUGCAAGCGAGGAAGAUGCCAGCAAUGACUCGCAAGGCUUAAGCGACGGAGAAACUCCGCCCAAAAAGGUAUCGACUUUAUUUUAUGGUAGAAUUUGUAUCAUCAUUUAUUAUCGAUUGGAGAAACAGAAUAAAUUUUACACACCAAAAUUUAUGGAUUUUAAUGCCAGUCUGAAUUCUUCCCUACAGGUACAAUAUUGCCUUACCUGGGCUCCCCCCCCCCUUGGCCCGCUAUGCUUUGGUGAAGAUUUUUUUUCAAUUGGCGAAUUUCUGCCCAUUUUGUCCAAAUUACUUGGGCCAGCAACAAGGGAUACCGUGUCAUCGGUGGAAAGCUCGCAGCCCGAGUUUUCAUUCGACGAUUUUGAUGAUGUCUUAUCAGCCUCAACUCAAACUUCGGUAGGCAGUGACGAAUCCAAUGACCCUUCCCUUUUACUGAAAAGCCUCAAUUCCCACCUUUUACACGUUAGCGAGUUUAUCCAGAAAAUCGAUGAAAAUUAUUUGGCUUCAAUUGGGAAUGUACCUUUGACAGCGCAAAGCAUGCUUACUCAUGAUAUUUAUUCGCUUGAAGAGGAUAUUGCUAUCCUUGGGGCCAUAAAACAGCAACUUGUCAACUCGCUAAAUAAAGACACAAAUCUGUAA